GUUGACCGGUGUCGACUAUUAAUCUAAGAUUAGAUUUUUUGAAAUUACGAAAUCAUUAGUUUUUUUUUAAAUUGGGUGCUGGGGUAAUGGAAACGAAAAUGCAAAUAAUUUGCAAAAUAGUGAUUCUGGUGCUUCUGUCCGGCUGCAUUCAGGCUGCCAGUGAUACCGAUGAUUUCACCAUUGAUGUGAAACAGAAGGAUGCUGAAUCGUAUCAUGAGCAAAGUGUCAAGAAAAACGAAUUCAACUAUGGCUACCAGGUGCAGAAGGAGAACAGCCAGUUCCAGCACAAGGCCAAGGGUCCGGAUGAUGUAACGUACGGAUGUUACGGGUACAUCGACCCGGAUGGUGAAAAGCAUCUGGUAUAUUAUGUGGCCGAUCGGCUUGGCUAUCGACUGGUGGCGCCCAACACGCCGACGAAGAUUUUCACCGAACGUGUCGCUAAUAGCAUUAACCAACUGAACAACGAUCUGAAGGACAGAAAACUGGACGAAAAGGUGGUCGCUUGGAACGAUCUUUAUUUGCCCGACUCCUGCCGUAGGCUGAAUGAAAUUCUCACAAUUACCACCCCGGCUCCAAAGUUCACAACACCAAACUUCGGCAACAACAAUAAUUUUGGCAACAAUAAUAACUUUGGCAACACUCUUCCACCGAAAUUUCCACCACCUGGCGCAGGAGGAGAUAUUAAUGUUGGAGGCUCUAAUAAUGGUAACUCGGUAGUGGUGGCGCCACCUACGUUGCCACCGGUGGCAACAACUAGAAGUCCACCAGUAGUAACUACCAGAAGUCCGCCAGUAACGCGACCAAAUUUGUCGGAUGGCGGUCAGGUUACGUCGAAUAAUAACAAUAUUCCCGAUUAUCCUUUGGUUCCUCCAGAGGAAACUCCUCAACAAGGCACAACUCAAAGAACAACAACUGUUGAAGUUACUACACCUCAAACAACAGUUCGUUCUACGCCAGAUAAUUCACAAAAUACUACACCGAGGCCAACACCAAGCUCUACCCCAAAUUAUAACACCAAUACCUCGCCAAGCACCCCGAUCAAUACUCCACCAAACUCAACUCCGACCGGAAACAAUCAGUGGAACUAUUCUCCGCCAACUCCGGAAUCUCCUGACAACGGCUACGUCUACUCUACACCAAGCAACGACAACUUCCCAGAUGAAACCCCGGCUCCUCAUCCUCCAUCCGGAUGUCCGGCCUACCCACCGAAUCUAGGGCCCUACAACGGUUACGUCUACCCCAUCAACGGAGGUGACUGUGGCCUCACGCAGCAGAACGUUCUGGCCCUGAUGACUCAGAUGGAAACCCUCAACGCCCAGGUGCUGGACCUAACCGCUAACCUUCAUGCCCUGCAGCAAGCCAUCCGAAACGACACUCUCUCGUCGGCACCUUCCAGCUGUCAAAGUUGGCUCAAUCGCCAGUACGGUCCGCUACUUAUCUAUGUGCCCAUCCUCCUUCCCUACGGAUCGUUCUCGUCGGCCUUUAAUGCCGGAGGUCGAACGGGGUUCGCGACCUCCGCCACUUUUGGCACCCAACAACAACCGGCACCAAAUCUGAUUAACCCUGCCAGCUACGCGUUUCAAACGAUGUGCAAAGACUGUCGGUAAAUAAAAGAGAGUUGAAGUGUUGACU